AACCUUUCAUUCAUUCAUUACCUUCUCACAGUCGACAAACAUGUCGAACUGCUCACUCGUAGCCCCGGGAUUGCCCUCCCUUGUUGGAGGGGCCAUACCAACGUUCGCCUAUGAUCAUGCUGAACAUGGCUUCUUGUCCGGCGACGACUUUGGCAUUGAGAUGGCGUAUAUGUCUGGUACCUCGACCUGCUUUCACUCAGAGAUGGCUACACUCACCCCCAUCCUGUCUAACCCCCGUCUGUACUACACUCGCACUUGCCAGUACGUAACUAUUGGAACUACCUACACAGCUCUGGAGUGUCCCAAAGGCCGGCUUUGGGAUUGGGUGAACAGGGGCGAGUACAUCAUCGACAACAAGCUUGCUUCCCCCUACAGUGGUCAAACUCCUCGCCCUUUCACGGCCACCUUUGGUAACAGUGCUGCGCCACCUGUUUCAAUCACGACUUCCUUGACCCUCACUCGGCCUUUCACGACUACAAAAUCCGGAAACUAUUACCCGUUCAGCCCCGUUACCAUUACUCGGACCACUGCUACCUCUACAAGCACAAGUCUCUCUACAGUCACUGUUCCUGUGACCGUUCCAGUCGUGAUUACAGAUUGUCCGUCGCUUUCCAAUCUCCCUCUUCCGACGAGCACCCCUGAGACUUCUAUUCCGCAGUCUAGCAGCUACCCAGUGAUUCCUCCUCUAGUUUCGACAAGCACUUCGAAGAGCACAAGCCCGUUUUCUCUUCCGCCUACCUCGACAAGCUCGCCUUCGCUGCCUACUAGUCUUUCGACUAUCCCGGUUUCUAUUCCCACUAUCUCGACUGUCACGAUUUCGCUACCUACCACUACCUCUACCAGCAUCUCCUCUGGCUAUUCUACGAGCUUUCUCUCAAUCCCGGUUCCGCUUCCUACUAGCACCCUCACAAUCCCUGUCAGCAUCCUCACGAGCAUCCUUUCAACGCCGUCCACAAUGUCUACUAGUAUCCCUCUCUCCCGCGACCACGCUUCCGAUCCCAUCAUCGAGCUCAUCCUCGACCCCGGUAUCGUCGAGCUCAAGCUCAAGCUCUGCUACGUCUACCUCGGCUCAGCCAUCAUCAAGCUCAUCAUCGGGCUCAUCAAGCACAUCAUCGAGCUCAAUAUCAAGCUCAUCCUCAAGCUCAUCCUCAAGCUCUGUUAUGUCUACCUCAGCUCAGCCAUCAUCGAGCUCAUCCUCGACCCCGACAUCCUCAAGCUCAAGCCCUGCUGCGUCUACCUCGGCUCAGCCAUCGCCGUGGCUUACCUACCUAAUGGUCCAUGCUAUCUGAAGUCCGGAAUCGGUGCACCGAAUACCAACAAUGGUGUUUGGGGUGCUAGGCUGGAGACACCCGCAUCCAUCUCCUCCUCCGUGUCCAUCACCUCGCCUGUGACUACUACCUCUUCAUCUGCGUCUACUACUCCGCCUGCGACUACUACUUCCUCUGUAUCUACCACCUCACCCGCGUCUACUACCUCACUCGCUUCCACCUCAUCUGCGUCUAGUACCUCACCCGCUUCCACCUCAUCAUCCGCGUCUAGUACCUCACCCGCUUCCACCUCAUCAUCCGCGUCUAGUACCUCUUCAUCUGCGUCCACUACCUCGCCCGCGUCCACUAGCUCCUCCGCGUCCACCUCCUCUUCCAAAUCAUCAAUGGCCACAACCACCACCAGUAUGACAUCUCAACCUACUGGACCCAUCACCUGCCCCGCUUAUAACGGAACAACGUAUACUGCGGGAUCGAAGGUGUUUUUGGUUCUGUGCGACGCGGACAUUAAUGGCGACACUUUCCCAGGUCCGAUUAGCCCAACUUACCCAGGAUCCUACGAAAAGUGCUUGCUUGACUGCCAAUCAACCCCCGGCUGUGUCGCUGUCAGCUACGUCAAGGGUGGGCCUUGUUAUUUAAAGGGUUCUGCAGCAGGCAGCAACCCCAACGCCAACAUCAUCGGCGGAAAGUUGAUUCAUGGUUCCCCAGCCGCCUCAACACCAGCCUCUGGUUUCUCGACCGUGACCGUGACCAGCUGCGCAACGACCGGUUCUUCCGCUAGUGGUUCUUCUGCUACCGGUUCUUCCACUACCUCUUCAGCCACCCCAACGACUACUUCACGCACAUGCCCUGAAGGCGAUGGCGCCAUAUACACUACUGAGUGCGGUGCAGAAUACGCCCUUGAGUGUGGCGUCGAUCGUUUUGGUAACGACCUUAAGAACGGCCUUGUCUUUGCAGAUACCUGGGAGCGUUGUGUACAAGCUUGCGACAUGACUUCUGGCUGCGUGAGUGUCUCUUGGGUUUCGGAGAGGCAUGGGGCUUGCUACAUGAAGAGUAGUGUCGGCAAGGUCCACAAUAAUUCAAACAUUGAGGGCGGUCGUAAGAUUAGUGAUUGCAACAGGCUCAAACUGCACGGAAAGCGAGUAGUGCACGAAAAGCGAGCACUUGCGCUUACAACCCCUGGUCGCUUCUUCAAUCCCGACUACACAUUCACUAGGGAGACUUUGACCUUCACAACAUACACCACUUUGCUUCCUGUUUUCACUACAACACCUUUGGCACAACCUGCUACUAUCACGAAGUUCGUCGUGGCAUCGACUGUCAUUACCAUCACAACCAGUGUUCCAUCCCAAGUCUUCAGUGGUGUGACACAUAUCACCAAGUGCCCGUUAUCGACUUCCACAGUCUAG